AUGCCCUUCGUUGCCAACACGCCCGAGUCGCUGCUUCGCCGCUCCGACUCCAAAGACCCUGGCCAGACGUGCGGCGGAAUAACUUCUGGAGGGCGUCCAUGUCGACGACCCAUCGCCCGCCCCGUCGAAGCCUUUCGCCGACCCCUCGGGCAUCAAGUUGCCGGCGACGACAGCCUGUACUGCUGGCAACACAAGGAGCAAGCCCGUCACUCGACACCAUCCAGCCCCGCGCCCCAGACGAAGCCUCGACCCAUCCUGGAGGAUCGCUGUAGCUUGGAGACACUUGCCGAUAGGCUAGGCCUCGUCGACUUGCAAGAUGGCCGAGGGGAAAAAUCACGGAGCGGCGCAAGGCUGACGGAAGCUGUCCGGCCGGCGACGCAACGGCCUCCCAAGUCGAGUCGACCCAAGGCGAAGAAGCAGUUGUAUUGCUGCUUGUGCUUCUCCAUCCCUAUAGAACCAACCCACGACUCAAGGAGGCCGAGACCGAGACCGCUGCAGCAGGGGCCCGUGUCCGCUCCCACGUCCGCUCCCAUGCCUGGCACCGUUCCGGUGCCCGCCGCGUCUGGGAAGUCACCAAAGCGACAGCGUGUACGUGACUCGGACGCCUCCCAGAUGGCCCACGUAAAGGAUCUCAUUCCAGACACCCUCGACCCAGCGACCGCCUCCGCCCUGCUCGCCGAGCUCUCUCGGCCCUAUGCCGACGCCGAGGAAGCAGGCUACAUCUACAUGUUCUGGCUCACGCCCGCGUCUCGGCAGUCGGCCCCUCCCGUCGAUGCUGCCCGCUCGCUCCUCGCAUCGCCCAAAUCCUCACCCGCACGAGCUGGUGGCCGCACCCGUCGACCCAGUGACGUCGUCUCCCAGUUCGCGGCCCCGAGCGGCGGCGGCGGCAGCGCUCGUAUGCUCCUCAAGAUCGGGCGCGCUGCUAACGUUCAGCGCCGCAUGAACCAGUGGCAGCGCCAGUGCGGCUAUGACAUUGAGAUGCUGCGUUACUAUCCCUACCUGCCCGGCGCCAGUGACGUCUCCCCGAGUGCCCGGAGCCAGCUUCCUCGUACGACGCCUCACUGCCGCCGAGUCGAGCGGCUGAUCCAUCUCGAGCUCGCCGGCAUGGGCCACCGUGCCAAUCUAGGCACCUGUGAUACGUGCGCGCGGGAUCAUCGUGAGUGGUUUGAGGUCGAAACGACAAGAGAAGGCAUCCGCAAAAUUGACAAAGUCAUACGGAGGUGGGUUGAGUGGGACGAGGCUUCAUCUUGA